AUGGCCAACGUGGAGGAAAAGAAGUCGUUCGACGCUUCGGCGUCGAACGUCCGCCCUUUCUCCGAGAGCACUCCCGCCUACGAGAACGCCGACGAUGUCAAGGAGAAGAUGUCGGUUGAGGUCGAGAGCACUGGCGAGGUCGAGGAGGAGGAUCUUUACGCUCCCCUCAAGAUGGACGCUUCAGUCGUUCAUGAGGAAAACCCCUUGACCAUCCGUGCCCUCGUCGUCGGUAUCGUUUUGGGCUGUCUUGUCAGCGCUUCCAACCUUUAUCUUGGUCUCAAGACUGGUUUCACUUUCAGCGCCAACAUGUUCGGUGCUAUUUUCGGUUACGGUAUCAUCAAGAUGAUGUCCAGGUCCGGCCAGAUUCCCAUCAUCGGUGGUGCUUUCGGUCCCCAGGAAAACUCCAUUAUCCAGGCCGCUGCUACCGGUGCUGGUGGUAUCUCUGGUAUCUUCGUCGCCGGUAUCCCCGCCAUGUACCAGCUUGGAACUAUGGGCAAGGGCUCCACUCCCCAGCACGACAUCGGCGCCAUCUUCACCAUCACUCUGGUUUGCUCCUUCCUGGGUCUCUUCUACGUUACCCCUCUUCGCAAGUUCUUCGUCGUUCAGGUCGCCCGUGAGCUCAAGCUCAUCUUCCCUACGCCCACCGCCGUCGCCUUGACCAUCCGCUCCAUGCACGCUGGUGCGGCUGGCAGUAUCGAGGCCAUGAAGAAGCUCAAGUGCUUGCUGCUGGCCUUCGGCGCCGCUUUGGUUCACCGUGUUGGCUCGUACUAUGCCAUUGGUAUCCUUUACGAUUGGCAUCCUUUCACCUGGAUUCACAUUUGGUCAGGCUACAAGAGCUGGGCCUUGAACAUCGAGUCGUGGGGCUGGUACUUCGAAUGGACUCCUGCCUUUAUCGGCUCCGGUAUCCUGAUUGGUCUCAACCCUGCUAUCAGUAUGUUCAUCGGUUCGUUCCUGGCCUGGGUCUACUAUAACUUCUUCUCCCUCAAGGACCUCGGCAAGGUUACCCCAUCGCCUCGCUAUUGGCUUCUGUGGCCCGGUGUCAUGGUCAUGGUCUGCUCCUCCAUGGCUGAGCUUUUCAUCCAGUACAAGGUCAUCUGGUUUGGCUUGAAGUCCUCGUGGCAGCAGACCUGCGUCAGCAUCAACGACAGCCUUGUCGCCAAGGGCAAGAACAACGGUUUCUUUGCCAAGCAGGCUGCCAAGGUUGUCCGGACUGGCCAGGAAGUCGAGGAUCCCGCCAAGGCGAACGAGCAGGUCAAGCACUGGCACUGGAUCGUCGGCCUCGUCGUCACCGUGGUCGUUGCCAUGAUCAUCUUCCACUUCCAGUGGGACAUGCACCCAGGCCUCACCAUCCUCGCCGCCAUUCUUGCCUUCCUCUUCUCCUUCCUCGCCAUCCAGAUUGGUGCUGUCACCGACUCCACCCCUCUCACUGCCGCUGCCAAGGCCUCGCAGCUCGUCUUCGGUGGUGCCACCCAAAACUCUGGCUUCACCAUCCAGCACGCUCAGAAGAUCAACUUGGCCGCCGGUGGCCUUGCUGCCGGUGGUGCCGACGUUGCCAACGCCCUCGUGUCCGAUUUCCGUACCGGUUACCUCCUCGGCACUCCCCCGAUCAAGCAGUGGAUUGCCCAGGCCAUUGGCACCUUCGUUGCCGUCUGGCUCUCUCCCGGUCUCUUUGUUUUGUUCACCAAGGCCUACCCUUGCAUCUACGAUCCUGAAUUGGAAGAUGCCGAAUGCCCCUUUGCGGUCCCCUCCGUCUCCGCUUGGGCUGCUGUCGCUCGCGCUGUCACCGACCCGGAUGUCAGCAUUCCUCUCUCCUCCGGUCUCUUCGCCAUCGUCAUGGGCAUUGUCUCCGUCGCCCAGGUUGUCGUCCGUCACUUCUGGCUCGUUGGUGAGCGUGAUAAGUGGCGCAAGUGGCUUCCCAACUGGGGCGCUAUCGCCCUUGCUUGGGUCAUUCCCGCCCCCGUGUUCGCCAAUGCCGCCCUUCUUGGUGCCAUCAUUGCCGCUAUCUGGAGGAAGUACAGCAUGAGGACCUGGGAUAUCUACGGCUAUGCUCUCGCUGCUGGUUUUAUUGCGGGUGAGGGAUUAGGCGGAGUAGUAGGUGCUGUACUCACUCUAGCUGGCGUCGACGGUGCCACGUACGGCUCCAACAUUGGCUGCCCACUGGACUCAUGCUAA